GGCAGGUUUUUUACUUGACGCCACGUCCGGUUGUGCUGUAGGGGCGGAGCGCCACGUCGGCAGCGUUGAGCCAGGAAUCGUGGAGCAGUCGAGAGGGUCGGUGCCAUUGGGGUAUCAUCGUUACCGCCGAUCAGAGGACAAGACGUUCCCCGGUGGGAGAGACGAGGCGAUAAGAGAGCUACACAAGAAUGGUGAAGGAACGGAGAAACUUCACGAAGAACGCUGUGUAGUUUGGAGAAAAUGAGAGGGUUUUCCCACUUACACGGUGCUAACACGAGGUUGUUAACGGCGCAGAAAUGAACCGAUCACCAUCCCAAAGCAGCAAGGAAGAAAACGUUCUGGAGGGUGAACCAGAAGUUCCUGACUCUUCGAAGGAUCAUCCCAAGACGGAGAGCGGGAUGAUUUGGAAAGUCACCGGCGGGCUCUACAACAUCACCAAGGGAGCCGUUGGUGCCACGGUAGGCGGUGUGGUGUGGCUUGGUAGCAAAGGGCUGUCGGCCACCAAGACGGUUGUUACCACCGUGCCGGCGGCUGGUGUAGGAUUGGUGAAGGGCGGCGUGUCGGCUGUGGUUGGAGGCGUCUCAACAGUGGGCUCCACUGUGGCCAGCAAAGUACCUUUCACUGCCAAGAAGAAGGACAAAUCUGACUAAGGUCUAGAUGGCAGAGGCCUAAAAUGGACAUGUGUCACUUGGACUUUGCAGACCUGUUGAGUGGGGGUUGGGGGUGGUGAGUUGGGGGAAAGUGUAUACUGCAUUUCACAUUUGGUCUGUGGGGGCUAUGAUUUGGACCUUAUGAAUUAAUCAUCUUGCACACUGCUUAUUUGCUGUGUGUUGGUCCGUCUAAGCAGAGGUUUACAGAAGAGCUUCAAUGUGGAUCACCAAUGGAGAUAGUUGACUCUUAUCAUUUGCACAAGAGAAUCUUAGCCUUUUUCAAAAGAGGAUGCAGGGGAGAUGAGGGGGCAGGAAACGGGGAAAUGACAGCUCCCCUCACCCCCUCUUAAAUCUCUCAUCCCAUCCAUCCUCCCCUCCCCCUCCCCCUCUCCACCCCCUCCCCCCCCCCCCCCCCCCCCCCACCACCUACUCCAGUACAAACAUGAUUGCCGUCCAGAAUUGAAGAAUAUUAUUGUGUGUGAGUAACAGAGAUGUGGAGCAGUAACCACUGGAACAACUGAAGCUUCUGCAUUAUUAAGAUGGCUGUGAGUCUCCUGCAUGUCCAAACAUGGUGCGGUGAUUGAGAAUAAAUGGUCCAGUUUAAAUAGCUGUACCCUUCCUCUUGCUGGGCUGAUCAUUCUGGGCAAGAUGAGUCUCAACAUUGAUUUACUACACCAAAUGACCAUCAGUAACUGCUCUCUUGUUUUCUACCCUUGCCCACUUCCACCAAGAAUAUCCAGUAAAUCAGAGCAGGCCUCUGUUCUCCUUCAUUGAGUGAGAUUGCAAUAUCUCUGUCCAUUACCAUGGCCAAUGAAUCUGGUUUUCUGUGGGGUUUUUUAAAGAAUAUUAGGAGCGAGCAUAUUGACACUGGGGAAUGGGACACACUCCAUUUCACAUACUUUGCAGCUCAGUGGAACACACGGUAAACAAUGGUUUAAAGAGGGCAGAUCCUGCCCCACCUCAGCUGAAAUUCUUUGUGUCCUGUUGUUGAAACGGCCAAUAAACUAGCAAAGAUUAGCUCCCUGCUACAUGACAUGGUAUAUAACACAGUCUGCCCAAAGAAACCUGUCUGUAUCAUCAUUUUUGGGCCAAUCUGGUUUUGAAAGGCAGCUGCCUAACCUGCCAGCUGGUCAAGGGGUGGACUUUAUGGCCAGAACAGGCACAGCAACACAGACCAGAACAUUGGAUUUCAGCAAGUCAGGAUUAAUUUUAAUAUUACAGGAGCAGUGCAAGCCAUCUAUCCUCUCCAAUGCAAAUGAAAAGUAAGCAGGAAAUUGAAUUUGUUUUUAAAAUGCCAUAUUGUCAUGUUGAAUGAUAAAGAAAAACAAUUAAAGGAAUAAACCUGGAGGGGUAAGUUACCUCAUGGUGACUGCAUGGUUCCAGAAGAUGAGAAUGCCUCUCUGUUAGAGCUGCCUUCUUUAAUUGGGACCAGAUGUCGUAUGGUCUUAUCAAACGUCCUCUUCCAACCUCCUGAAUCCCACACUCCUGUUAUUAAUUGGUCACUCAUGGGCUCUGCACUUAGUCCUCUGGACUCCAAUCCCAAAAGCAGUUCCACUAGUUCCAGCGUACGCCAGUGCCCCAUUGCAUCCCGAAUCCAUUGCAAAUGUGACAGUUGUGAAACAACUCGGAUUAUUCUCCCAGAUGGUCGAGGAGAUUAUCUUCGAUAAUCUAGGAGGUACGUGUUAAAUGAGUAAUCCAAUUUGACAGCUACAUUCUUGCCUUGCCCUCUGCUGCUCCCCGCUCCCAUCUCUGACGUGUGAGUGGGCCGAGCAGCACCAGGGAGCCUGCAGGUUCCUUUCCUGGCUGUUUCCACUGUUCUGCUACAGAUUGUGGGGUGCAUACCUAGUUGUGAUAUAGGCUGUAAUCUAAAGUUUGUUGCAGCUGAAUAAGUUUUAAAAUGUCCUUAUGGCGUGAAAUGUGGGAUCUUUGGCGCUGCUUAAUAUUCAACCUCUUUUACUUUCUGUGAGAGUGGCAGCGGUCUUAAGUUCUCCCACCUUCUUCCUGGGACUCCCGCUAUAGAGACUGCACCAAUAUUGUCACUUAACCACCUCAGACUUUGUACUGAGCAUGGAUAAAAUGUGAAAGUAGCCUUUUAGUGGUGUGCCCCUUGGAGUCCUACUCAAUAGGCCGGGUGUCAGUGCUAUUGCCUAUGCUGAGCCCAAAGCGUGAUUAAGCUGAAAAUUUGAAAUUUGGGGGGUAGGUGGGGAAGGGGAAACGGAGGGGGGGGGGGGGGGGGGGGGAAAAGAUGAUCAGUUUACAUUUUUAAAGGCUUCUGGACACCCUGCCUUAAAGCCCAGUAUACCCUUCCCAAUUCAAGUUGGAAUUUUGUCUGCUGUGCACGCUGGAACUGAUGUCUACAUCUAUCAUUAAGCUGCCUCCUGUUCCCCUCUCCAUGCUGAUCUACACAGGAUGGACAAUGUGCAACCAGAACCUAAAGUAUAUUCAGCAGAGCCGUCCCCAGUCUCUGACUGUGUGCAUUGCUGACGGUACCAGCUUGAUGGAAAGGGGCUACAUUUUGAUACUGGGCAUGGUUUGUAUGUGUCUAUACAUAGAAACACUUUUUAUCAGUAUUGUAUUUUACACCUUUCAUUGAAUAAAUCUAUUUAGCAGA